AUGCUCUCUCAAACGUCUAGCACUUCCACUGCUCAGCCUGCCUCACCAAGACUGGACCCGUCCGAUGGCCAGCAGGAAGCAGUCAAGUUCCGGGUCUGUGAUCAUUGCAGAAUCACGCCGAGACACAGAAAGAAGACAAAAUGUGAGCUUCAAGCGCGUCAGAUGCGUGGACGUGUUCGCUUGCUGAUUUCUCUCCAGGUGACAUGGUCCGCCCGGCCUGUGGAACCUGCCGGUCCCGCCAUGCCGUUUGCACCUACAGCAGGCGAAGAAGAAAACCUGGUAUUCCUCGACACUCUGAGUAGGAUUGUUGGGUAUGACGGUAGCUGA